GGCAUCGCAUCACCGCCGGCCUCUCCUGCAGGUUGCCCGUCGCCGCAGCCCCAAGCCCGACGAACCGGAGCUCCAUGCCCUCGAUAUUCCUCCCCCGAAUGUAACACUGAGAGCGUAACGAUGGCCUACAUUGCUCCCAUACACCGGCCGAGUAGUGUGCGCCUCUGCUUGCAAAGUCAUGUCCUGUCCGCCGACGAGGAGAGCCUGGUGCUUGCCAAGUCCAAUCGCCUCGAAAUAUGGCGUCUCGUCGAUGGAAUGCUCGCCAUGGUCCAUUCCAAGGUCAUCAAUGGCACCAUCUCGAUCCUCCAGAAGCUGAGACCAAAAGACUCGCAAACAGACCUGCUCUUCGUCGGCACCCAGCGCUUCGAGUACUUCACACUAGCUUGGAACCCGCAAACCUCCCAGCUCGACACAAUAGACCCCUUCAAGGAUCCAGGCGAACAUCACAUGCGCGAGUCCUUGAGCCACGACCGAUGUCUCGUCGACCCCUCGGGCAGAUUCAUGGUCAUGCACCUGUGGGCGGGCAUCUUGACCAUCCUGCGGCUGGGCGACCGGAAGAACAACGCCAUGACACUGGAUUGGAUGGAGCAGGUGCGCCUAUCGGAGCUCUUCAUUAGAGCGAGCACCUUCCUGUACACGGAGACGGGCCACCCCAAGGUUGCCUUCCUCUACCAGAGCCGCGCAGAUUCGACCGACUCCAAGCUUGCCACGUACCGGCUCACAUCUGACGACCGGAACACUGUGGCGUCGCGCUUCGACCCCGACCGAGACAGGGAGAUUGACGUGGACGACUUAGACCCGCACGCCACCAUGCUCAUACCCGUCCGCAAGGUCGAAGCGGAGGUGAAGCGGCACAAUGUGCGCCACGUCGAGUCGGCCAAGGCGCACAUCGGCGGUCUGAUCGUUGUGGGCGAGACGCGGUUGCUUUACAUUGACGAACAAACCAGGACAACGGUGCAGUCGACGCUCAGGGAGGCCUCGAGCUUCGUCGCCUGGGCCGAGUACGACGUCACGCACUACUUCCUGGGCGAUGACUGCGGGAACCUGCACUUGCUCUCCAUCCUGUCCGACGACGUGGUUGUCAAGCGCAUGGAGGUGACUAAGAUCGGCAAGACGUCGCGGGCUAGCAGCCUCGUCUACCUCGGAGACGGCUACCUGUUUGUUGGCUCGCACCACGGCGACUCGCAGCUGUUCCGCGUCGACCUUUUCCUCGACACAAUAGACCAGAUCGUACAAUUGGUGCAAACACUCCCGAAUAUCGGCCCCAUCAUGGACUUUUCCGUCAUGGAUAUGGGUAACAGAGGCGACGACAACCAGCUUGCCAAUGAGUACUCUUCCGGCCAGGCCCGGAUCGUCACGGCAAGCGGCGCUUUUAACGAUGGGUCGCUGCGGAGCGUGCGAAGCGGUGUCGGCCUCGAAGACGUCGGAAUUCUCGCCGAUAUGGAUAAUACCCGCGGCCUUUUUUCCCUCAAGUCUUGUGGCUCUCAGAAGGUCGAUACUCUGGUGGUAUCCCUCUUGACCGAGACCCGUAUCUUUAGGUUUGACCAACAAGGGGAGGUCGAAGAGGUGGAAUCAUUUUGCGGCAUGGCCUUGGGUUCCCAGACGCUGCUGGCCAGAAGUCUCCCAGACACCCAGCUGCUGCAGGUCACGGCAACAGCGGCAACCCUCUUUGAUUGCGAGAGCGGCGUCGCGAUAGCAUCGUGGUGCCCAGAGGGAGAGCGGACGAUCACCAAUGCGUCUACAAAUGACCACUGGCUGCUGCUGUCCAUCGAGGGUUCUGGCCUCGUGUCGCUGGAUAUUCCCGAUUCCCUGAAGGUCAUUCAGGAAAAGGACAUUGGCGAGCAGGAUCAGGUGGCCUGCAUUCAUGUGCCUCCCCAGCUAAGUGAUAUUGGCGUGGUUGGCUUUUGGACGUCUGGCACUGUUUCCAUUAUUGACAUGUACACGCUACAACCGAUACAUGGGGUGUCGCUGCGAAGAACACAAGAUGAUGCAUCCACACCACGCGAUCUCGCUCUCGCUCAAGUACUGCAGCCGGGCUCUUCGGGCCCCACGCUCUUCAUCGCGUUGGAAGACGGCAAUGUUGUUACGUUCAAUGUAUCCCCGGAGAUGGAGUUGUCGGGGAGGAAGCGUGUCAUCUUGGGCACACGGCAGGCUCGCUUCCAUCUUCUUCCGCAGCCGACCGGCCUCUACACCAUAUUCGCCACCACAGAGCACCCUAGCCUUAUUUACGGCUCCGAGGGGCGGAUCGUCUACUCAGCUGCCACGGCCGAGGAUGCGACGUUUGUCUGUCUGUUUGAUAGCGAGGCGUUUCCUGAUGCCAUCGUGCUUUCUACGGACUCGCAGAUCAAGAUCUCCCUGAUAGAUCCGGAGAGGCGGACACAUGUGCGGCCUUUGGAGAUGGGAGAAACGGUUAGGCGCCUUGCGUAUUCUCCUGCCGAAAAGGUGUUUGGACUUGGCUGCAUCAAGCGGGAUGUGGUGGCCGGCGAGGAGAUCGUCGAGAGCUCGUUCAAGCUGGUCGACGAGGUCAUCUUUGAUCGCGUCGGUAAUACCUUCAAGCUGGGGGUCUUGUCCUUUACGGAGCUGGUCGAGGCGGUUGUACGAGCAGAGCUUCCGGAUUCCUACGGGAACCCCGCCGAUCGGUUCAUCGUGGGCACGAGCUUCGAACCUGCCCCCGGCCUUGGGCCCGGGUCCAACGGCAACUCGCGGGGCCGGAUCCUCGUGUUUGGCGUUGACAGCGACAGAAACCCAUAUCUAAUAGUCAGCCACGAGCUAAAGGGCGGCGUCCGAGCCCUCGCCAUUUUGGAUGGGAAGAUCGUGGCCGCCCUGACGAAGACGGUGGUUCUUGUCUCGUACACGGAGACAUCGAAUUCCUCUGGAACGCUAACAGGAAUAGCUUCUUGUCGCCCUGCCAGUUACCCAGUGGACGUGGCCGUUCACGGCAACAUGAUUGCCGUGGCCGACCUGAUGAAGUCGAUCUCGCUCUUUGAGUAUACCCCGGCCGGCAAGGGCGGCGAGCCAGCACAAUUAGCUCCGCGCGCACGGCACUACCAGUCGGCGUGGAGUACGGCGGUAUGCCACCUCGAGGACGAUUCGUGGCUCGAGACCGAUGCCGAUGGAAACAUCAUGAUUCUCCGACAAAAUACCAAGGGCGUGACAGUCGAGGAGCAGCGUCGCCUCGAGAUCACGAGCGAGAUGAACUUGGGCGAGAUGGUAAACAAGGUCCGCCCUAUUUCGGUCGAGACAAGCCCAAAUGCCAUGAUUAUCCCCAGAGCGUUCAUCACAACGGUCGAGGGCGGUAUCUACCUGCUAGGAACCAUCGCGUCCCAUGCUCGAGACCUGCUGCUACGCUUCCAGGCCAAGCUGGCCACUACCAUCCAGACAGCCGGCCACAUUGAGUUUAAGGACUACAGAUCCUUCAGGAACAGCGAGCGGGAGGGCGAUGGCCCCUUCCGGUUUCUAGACGGGGAGUUGUUAGAGAGAUUUCUAGACGUCGACGAGGAGACGCAGAAAGAGAUUUGUGAGGGCCUAGGCCCAAGUGUGGAAGAUAUGCGAAACACUGUCGAGGAACUUAGACGACUACACUGAUGGCAUCUCCGUUUGACUAGUGGAUAGUACAAAAUGGGUAGAUAGGUAGAAAAGGCGCCUAGAUGAAUAAUGUGGCAAAUACAUGAACAAAUACAUGAGUAAAAAGACGGUCUCAGGGAUGUUUUGUUUUCAGGAG